CACUUCGACAAGCGCUCGAACCCCCUCUCGAAGGAGCGAGCAUUAGGACCAACGCGAUCUACCCCUCCCUCCUCCUACCCCUCAACUCCGACAUCAACCAUCAUAAUGUCCAUCCCCAACGAAGCUCUGCAGAAGAUUCUGCAAGAAAUCGAGGCCCAGGCCAUCAGCUCCCAACAGCAAUUGGGCAUCACCAAGGCUCAGAUCACCACCAAACAGCGUGACAUCCGCAUGCUCGAGCUCACAUCCAAGGAGAUUGGAGACCUACCCAAAGAGACGCGUGUGUAUGAGGGUGUUGGAAAGAUGUUCGUCGCAGUCCCCAUUCCCACCAUCGACAGGCGGAUAUCCAGCGAGAGCAACGAGCUCAAAUCCGAGAUCACGGGAUUGGAGAAGAAAUUACAUUACUUGGAGAUGACGCAUAAGAAUAGCCGGGAGAACUUGGAGCAGAUCUUGAAAGCCGGGCGCGCUUGAUGAGCUGCAGCUUGUCUAUACUUCAUCAGAACAAAAUCGGGCGCUGUGGUGUCUUUUCGUCUUCUCGCUUCUUGUGGAUACUUGUUCAAUUAUUAUACCUUUUUUUC